AUGCGCUUCUCAGUCGCCACAUUGGCGGCUUUGGCCCUUGUGGACCAUGCCUCGGCCGAUCUACACUCUCUUGCGGUGGCAGCAGGAAAAAAGUAUUUCGGAACGGCCACGGACAACAACGAACUUUCAGACUCAUCUUACACCGCCAUCACCAAGGUCGUGGGGAACUUCGGCCAAAUCACGCCUGGGAACGGGCAGAAGUGGGACUACACCGAGCCUACGCAGGGCAAGUUCCAGUACACGUAUGCCGACGUCGUGCCCAACUUCGCCAAAGCAAAUGAUCAAAUUCUUCGCUGUCACACACUGCUGUACCGCUCCCAGAUACCUUCCUGGUUGACUGGCGGGUCUUGGACCAAGGCUUCGUUGACGGCCGUCAUCAAGACACAUAUUGAGAACUUGGUUGGUCAUUACAAGGGGCAGUGUUACUCGUGGGACGUAGUCAACGAAGCUAUUGAUGACUCGGGCAACUACCGCGACACGGUGUUUCACGAAGUUCUCGGCCUCGAUUAUCUGUCGCUCGCUUUUAAUACGGCACAUGCUAGCGACCCUGCGGCCAAGCUGUACUACAACGACUACAACAUCGAGAAUACCAACGCGAAGCAGCAGAAGACGAUUGAGCUGGUCAAGUACGUCCAGGACGCCGGUGCGCCCAUACACGGCGUAGGCCUGCAGGGGCACUUCAUCGUUGGCAGCAUGCCAAGCCAGGAGGAUCUCGAGUCUGUCGCCAACUCUUUCACCGCGCUGGGAGUUGAUGUUGCCUACACGGAGGUGGAUGUCAAGUUCACUAGCCUGCCGUACACCAGCGCUGGUCUCCAGUCCCAGGCUGAAGCCUAUGUGUCCGUGAUCAACGCCUGUCUCAACGUCGAAGGUUGCGUUGGCUGGACCAUCUGGGACUGGACAGACAAGUACAGCUGGGUACCAGGCACGUUCCCCGGCCAGGGCGGCGCAUGUCUGUUUGACAACAACUUUAAGCCCAAGCCAGCUUAUUCUUCUGUUUCUUCUGCUCUCGCUGCUGCUGCCACGAAAGCGUCCUCUACCAAGGCUUUCCCCACCAUUGCUGCCACUGCCACACCCACCAUCACGUCAAAGGCUAGCAGCGCCGCCGUUACUUCUUCCGUUAAUGCCUCGAAGGCGUCAUCUGUUAUUGCAGUCAACAGUACAUCUGCUGUCCAGGCCACGUCUCUCGCAAACUCCAGCGCCAUUGCGUCCGCCACACCGAUCACUUUCUCUUCUGCCCCAACCCCAAGCUUGAACGCUACGGCGAUCUACCCCAACGGAACCGCCAUAGUCACCGGUCCUUCUGGAGCCCUGUCUACGAUCUCUAGUGGCAUUAUUCCUACCAUAACUUCCGGGGCUGGUGCUACUAUCCCUAGCACCGGUGGCGAUACCAACAAUAACGUUCCUGUUUCAACUCGAAGUCACAGUGCUGGAGGUGCUGUGACCACGGAAGACGGCUACAUCAUAUCCACUGUCUACACAACCAAUAUCUACACGGUCACCUCGUGCGCUUCUACUGUCACGAACUGCCCUGCCAAUGCCGGUAGUCUCAUAACUGAGGUCGCUGUCUUCACAACUACUAUUGUGGCAUCAACUGCGCCCGGUGUUCUCCCCACUUCAACCCCCGACGCAUCUGCUACGAUCAGCCCCUGCGAGAGAAAGCGCCGUCGCCGCCGUAGCAAGAAGCGUCAUCUCGCCAGCAUCUAG